GAACCGACUGGAUCGACGGCCUCCUGGCUGGGCAAAAUCUGUGAAUCUCAGGACACGAUUACACCUACGCCUCCGGCAGGCUCGAGAACCGCACCUUCCUCGAGAACGACAUCGCCAUCAUCAAGCCGACCCACGUCUUCAACGCCGCCGCCGUCACCGACCGCCCUAAUGUCGACUGGUGCGAAUCCCACAAGGUCGAGACCAUCAGGACCAAUGUGGUUGCCUCGGCACUCUGACCCUUGCCGAUGUCUGCCGGGACGACAUGCACCCUCUCGGGUCCGGUAUUUGGUUCAAGGAAGAGGACACUCCUAA